CACGGAUCGUGCGCCGCCACCAGGGCCCUCAUGAUCCCGUAAUCCUAGUAUCGUGUGAUCAUCUGCUCCGUGACAAACAUCUAGCACAGACUGCAAGAUCCAUCGUAUGCGCAGGUCUUCAAGUGAAACUGAAAUCUCUUUCGAAUUCAUUGUGAUUCCGAUUCUGUUGAUGUCCGCGAUCAUCCGGAAGGAAAGCGCAGUCGGUCUUGGUGAGUAGUUUUUCAAUAUCUGUUGUUGUUGCGCGACCGAAGAUCUUCGCAUCUCCAUGCCCGCACCUGUGCCGUUAUUUUCUGUCGAGCAGGGCUCGAAGCGCUUCGGUGGCAGCACAACAAGAAUGCGACACGGCGAAAACAUGCGGAUUGCAGUCGGCACUACAAAUCCGAUCAAAGUGCUUGCCGUCCAGCAGAGUCUGCACCAGUAUUCGGAGUUUAUGAACUGCAAGAUACAAGCCUACAAGGUCGCCUCCAACGUGAGCGAGCAGCCCUUUGGCCUCCCGGAGAUCGUCCGCGGAGCAAAAAACCGGGCGGAAGCUGCGUACGAUCAUAUCUUUGCCGAUACUGAAGUAGCCGGUGCUCUGCCAAAUAGUGAAGCAAGAAUUCUGAUUUCCUUCGGCAUAGAAUCGGGGUUGUAUCGCCUCGACGGCAGUGUACUAAAUGCGAAUGAUCCGAACGGAUGGUACGACACGUGUGUGGUGAGUUGCUUCGACGGACGAAAACACCAUUUAGGCAGCAGCUGUUCCUUCGAAAUUCCGAAGAAUGUGAUGCAAAAACUUCUACCAAAGAAGGUCCUCAAACCCUCGUCGAAUGUUAAACCAGCAGGAGGAGCUAAAGAUAGCGAAGUUGAAGUCCUUUGCGAGAACCUUUCGGACGCCUGCAAAGCCGCGGGCGUGACGGACAAGGCCAACCUCGGCGAGCAGGAGGGUUUGAUUGGGAUUCUCACAAAGGGCAGAAUCACACGAUUAGAAUACACGAAACAAGCGGUUUUGACAAGUAUUGUCGGCUUGUUGGACUAGUGGACACGAUGAAUAAGCAGCCUUUUUUUAUUCGAUUCUCCGCCGCUAAUUAUAAUUGAUUCUGUCUGGGACAUACAAGAACUACGAAGACGACAAAUCAGGACCCCAUGGGGUUUUAUGCAAAAGUUGCCG